AUGAUAAAAUUUGUCAAUUUAUUCAAAAGUAAGAUUAAAGUAGGAUUGCCCACAUCCUCAGAAGUUCUGACUCAUUAUUUAAGGCAAUGCAAUGAACCACCUUGGACUUCCUAUUUUAUAAAGUAUAGCAGUAUAAGAGAUGAUCAAUGGGGCAAAUCACACUUCAACUGGCAAGUGGGAAAAUCAAAUUAUCACAUUUUGAGAACUGGAUGUUAUCCAUACAUUAAAUACCAUUGUACAAAAAGAAAAGCACAAGAUCUUACCAUAGAAGAUUAUUUUUUUAGAGUCAUCAAGGUAAUUAAUUUAGGAAUUCCUUGUCUAGCAUAUGGACUGGCAGCAAUUUAUUUAAUUAGACAUGAAGAAAUUGUAAAUACCCAUAAAGGAGAUAUUAUUAUAUACUUUUUAUAUCCUGAAGAGAAAGGUUCUUUAUACUGA